UUUCCUAUAUCAGUGCAGUGACAGCAAUUCGUCGACGUGUGUUAAACUCCAUAGCGUUUGAUCUCCCAGCUUAUGCCUAGUUUUUGUUACAGCAAUAAAACCAAACGUUGUGUAUUCGCGGUUUAUUUUACGAUGGUCGCGAUGACAAACGAGAGAGAUCUGCUCGUUGUUUAAGCAACGUUAUGCGGGUUUAAUGGCACCGCCUAUGCUUGGCAAACAACAAGCAAUGGUGGAACAAAAGGCGAUGUAUGUCUAGCUAGAGUCAUAGCAACGAAACGCUGAAUAGGAUGUACCAGCAUAGUUAGUCAUUAAGCUUAUUGCAAGGACAAGACUCUAGACGGAAUUAAGAAUUUGUUCGAAUUGAGUAUCUGUGUGUUUUUUAAAACUUAUUACUUCAUAUAAGGUUUCGGUUAAUAUUAAAAUAUGUCUCGAACUUCUUCAUCAAGUUCAUCAAGCUCGUCAAGUUCGUCGUCUGAAGACGAAGAAGCAAGUUUUCUACCGAAUAUAAAAAGUCGCAUCUCAUCUGUUAAUUCACAAGUCAGUGGUGAAAGCUCGCAAGGUAAAAAAUCACCAAGGACAUCUGUGAGUGGCGGUAAUGUAGUGACGUUAGUAGGUUCUGCCGGAUUAAAAGAAGCUAGUGUUGCAGAGAUACAACAUAGCAACGGUGAGAAAGAUAGGUCUGAUGACAACAUGGGGGUACGCAGAAGAAGUCGUCAAUCCUCACAUAAUUCUUUAAGAUCAAGUUCUCGUGUUUCCAGCGCCGAGUCGGAUACUUCUGUUUCGUUACCUGUAGAUGUACACAGCCGUGAGCAUUCACCAAAUAUACCACAGCAUAAAGUAUCAAGUUCGAAAAGCUCGGUUCAUUCAGCGGUUGGAGAUCUUAAGACGCCAAAACAAUCAACAACCCAACAUACCGAGUUGAAACGGCGUAGCUCUAGCGCCGCUAUCGAGAAUUUAUUCACUGACCAACCAGAAAGCGAUCGUAUGGAAUUGGGACGACGCUUGAGCUCCACCGUGCGGCAAGUUUUAUUGGGCCAACACUUACCAGAUCAUUUAAAAGCGCGACAUGUAGCAAACAUGUUCAUAUCUAGUGUGCAAAAAAUGAAAGAGGAGAAAGAGACCAAGAGAGCUCACCUGGAUGGACGACAUGAAUAUAUCAUCGAUGCUGUGGCUAGAGCUCUUAAUUUAGAAAGAAGUGAAGUUGAAGAAGCUUUUCUUGAAGGGUCGCAAAUAUCGACCACUGAUCACUUCUUUGCUCCACGUGGUGGCGCCAAACUCAUGUUUUUCUAUCAAGAAGUUGAAGUCCCUCCAGAUGGAGCAGUCGCUCAUAUACAACUUGGAAGAUCUGAAAACAAACCAGUUUCCCCAAGAUCAAGCAGGAUGAAACUGUUCAUAACAGAUGGCACAGAAGCUGCAUUGACAGGCCAAUGUGUUUUUUUUCUUCGAACCAACACAAACAAACCGAUUACCGCUGAAAAUAUUCAUAGGGAGAUUAACAUGCAAAUGAUGGACGCGACAGAAGGUGGUGUUCUAUCUGCAAUUGAAAAGAUGUUAUCCCAAAUAUAUAUUCCCGCGUUAAAAGCAAACAAGUCAGGUUGGGGAGAGUUAGCUGCUUCAAGUCAAGGGGAAGAAAUUCGAAAUCAAUUUUUGAAUGGGUUGGAUUCAUUUGUUGGAGUUUUGGCAGGAGCUCAACAAAGUUUGGAAGAGAAAGUUUUAUUGGAGGAAUGCCCAUAUAUUGAUUUCUCAUGUUAUCAUGGACCAACUGAAUAUGCAGUGGCUGCUGCUUCCACUGAAACAUUGGAACAUGUAGAGAACUGCAUGAAAAUGUGGAUUAAACAAAUACAACAAGUUUUAGCAGAAGGCCAGCAACUACGUAGAGAAGCAGAUAACAUCGGACCUAGAGCGGAGUUGGAACAUUGGAAGAGAAGAACUUCAAGAUUUAAUUAUUUACUUGAACAAUUAAAGACACAACGUGUUAGAGCAGUUCUUGGUAUUCUUCACAUUGCUAAGUCUAAACUAUUACCGGUGUGGAGAGAGUUGGAUGCUCGUAUCACAGACACAGCUAACGAAGCUAAAGAUAAUGUCAAAUAUUUACAAACUCUCGAGAAAUUUUGUGAUCCGUUGUAUAACAGUGAUCCAAUUGCCAUGGUUGAUGGAGUUGCUCAUCUCAUCAAUGCAAUACGAAUGAUACACAGUAUAAGCAGAUAUUAUAAUACCUCGGAAAAGAUGACAUCAUUGUUUGUUAAGGUUACAAAUCAAAUGGUAUCAAGUUGCAAGUCAUAUAUAACUUCGAAUGAUACGGAAACUAUAUGGGAUCAACCACGACAUGAAAUAAUUCAAAAACUUGAAGCCUGCAUCAAGUUAAACAGGGAAUAUCAACGAUGUUUUCAACGUACAAAGCAAAAGUUAGAAGAGACACCAAAUGAAAGGAAGUUUGACUUCAGUGAAAUGUACAUAUUUGGAAAGUUUGAAUCUUUUGUUCGACGUUUACAAAAGAUUCUUUCCAUGUUUGAAACAAUGAAGGUUUACUCUGCAUUGGAGCGUUCCAAAAUUGAAGGCUUAGAUCCCAUGAUUGGAAAGUAUCAGGUUAUUGUGGCGACAAUAAAGAAGAAGCCAUACAAUGUGUUGGAUCAACGAAGGGGAGAUUAUGAUGAAGAUUUCUAUGAUUUUAACGCAAGUAUCACUGAUUUGCACAACCAGUUAAUUCUUUUCAUUGAUCAACAAUUUGCCAAACUAUCAAACACACAAAGAGCUGUAAUGUUGCUUAGAAAAUUUGAAAGACUUGGAAUUCCUGACUUGAACAUUGAAGAGAAAUAUGAGAAUAUAUUGAUGAAUUAUGGUCGUGAUGUUGAAGCAAUAUCGAAGAUAUAUACUCGACAAAGAAAUGAUCCUGUCAUACCCCGAGACAUGCCUCCAAUUGCUGGUAAGAUCAUGUGGGCUCGUCAGUUAUUUCGAAGAAUCCAAGAUCCCAUGGAAUUACUUCAGGAAGAAGCACCUCAUGUUCUUCAGAUUCCCAAUGCAAAAAGAAUCAUUCGAAAUUUUAAUAAAGUUGCAAAAGUUCUUCUUGAGUUUGAAGUUCUAUAUCAUAGAGGUUGGCUACGACAGGUCGAUCUCGCCAAAGCAGGUCUUCAAGCUUCUCUACUUGUUCGUCACCCCGAGACAAAUGAACUUUAUGUGAACUUUGACCCCAUGAUAUUGACCCUUAUCAAAGAAACUGAAGCAAUGACGAGAAUGGGUUUGGAAAUCCCUCUUACGGCUGCUAAGAUUAGUCAAAAGCAAGCAAGUUUGAAAGAACAUAGCAACCAGUUGAAGUUCUUACUGAGUGAAAAUACAAGAAUCCGUGAUAAGAUUCAUUCAUCCAUCCUCCCACUUACCACUCCACACACUAUGAAAGUGGAUGAUGCACUUGAACCUGGCCUCACACUAUUAAGUUGGACUUCAAUAAAUAUCGAGCAGUUCAUUGAGAAUUCUCAUUCUUCACUUGCUGAGUUGGAGUUGUUGUUAGAUCGUGUAAAUGAUUUGAUGAAAUAUCGAAUCGAUUCCGUUUUAACUGACAUGUCGUCCAUAUCACUUGUUCGACUUCCAUCUGACCAACCACUCACCAUUCAUGAGUUUCUACAAGAAACAAAGGAACUUUGCACGGUUGGUUCUCAAACUCUACAAGCAAAGUCAAGGUUGGUACAAGAGGCCACCAAUGAGUUGAUAGAUAUGCUCAUGCAGUUUCCGCAUAAUAAAGAUGUGGAGGUUGAAGAGGAUGUUGUAGUUCCUCCAAGUGCUCAGAGCAUGAGGACUUCUUCAACUUUAUCACGAGCUGUGAGUGCUAAGAAAAAGAAGAAGAAAGACAUGAUGCAAAUAAUGGAGGAUGAAGCAAAGGAGUUGUUGUCAUAUUUUAAUCAUCGAAACAUGGAAGCUUUGAUUAAAGUUGUGAAAGUAACAUUGGAGGCGGUUCGUAAACGAAUCAUAUCGCCAAUCUCACAGCGAUAUAUAUCUGAUGCAAACGGGAUUGACGUUCCACGUGUCGUGCCAUUACUACGUGCAAACGCAGUUUUAACUAUCCCACAAAUUGGAAUGAAUCCAAGAUUAGAUGAAAUUCAGCAAUCGUUAUCUCGUGUUGCUGAAUAUGUGCUCGUUGUUAUGAAAGGAGUUGCUCAGUGGAGUAAAGAACGUUUGCAAAAGGGGGCAGAUAACAGGCGAGUCAGCGUUUGUAGCAUCAGUGGUUUAUCCGAGUCAUCCGUUUCCGGGGCAACGGUCACAUCGGGACUUACUUCUCAAACGCAACAGAAAAGUCAGGGAGCCGCGAGCAAUCGUGCCGUGUCAUUAUCAAGGUCACGAAGUAAGAUUUCUAUGGUUGAAGUGACAUCAUCGGGACCUGUGACACUAGAUGUCCUCACACAACCAAGAAAUUAUUACAAAUCAAUCAAAGAUAACAAGGAAGUCAACAAGCUUUAUCUUCAACUUUGCAACUGCAUAAACUCAACACGAAAAGAGGUUGAAAGUGCAUUGUCACAAUAUGAACGAUACCAUCACGUGUGGAAACUUAACAAAGAUGAAGUUCUUGAUGACAUCAUGGAAAGGUCACCAAGUGUUGAUGAAUUCGAACAACAUAUUUUAUCUUACAAAUCAUUGAUCGAACAAAUCAAUUGUGAACCUCAAUAUUUAGUUGUUGGAUCAAUUGCUGUAUUUACAGAGGAUUUAAAGCUUGCACUUGUCACUGAAUGCAAAUCUUGGAUGGACUUUUAUGGAAAACUCUGUAAUAAUAAAUAUCGAAGUAAACUCGAAGAAAUAUUUGCUUUCAUUGAUGAUGUCACAAAGAGAAUAAGUCGACCAAUCAAAGACCUCGAUGACAUUAGGAUAGUGAUGGGUAGUUUGCGUGAAAUUCGUGAACGACAGAUUGAUAUUGAUAUGAACAUCACUCCUAUUGAGACAAGUUAUAGCAUGCACAACAAAUAUGAGCUUGCUGUGCCAAAAGAGGAGUCGGAGAGAGUGGACACGCUUCGUUACACAUGGGAGCGAGUGUUAAUACAAGCAACUGACUAUCAACAUCAACUCGGUGAAAUUCAACCAAGUUUUCGUGGUGGUCUCAUCACAAAUAUUGCGCAGUUUCAAGAAGAUUGUCAAAAUUUCUUCCAUGAUUAUCAUCAGGAUGGACCAAUGGUUGAAGGGUUCAAACCACAGGAAGCCAGUGAUAGGUUGAUUGUUUUUCAAAAUAAAUUUGACACAAUUUGGAGAAAGUUCAUCACUUAUUCUGGUGGUGAAGAGUUGUUUGGAUUACCGGUCACGCCCUACCCAGAACUACACGAGAUAAGACGACAACUUAACUUAUUACAGAAGUUAUAUGGCUUGUAUAACAAUGUUAUUGAAACUGUAAAUGGAUAUUACGAUAUUUUGUGGUCGGAAAUCAACAUCGACAAAAUCAACGAUGAAUUAAGCGAGUUCCAAAAUAGAUGUCGUAAACUACCUCGUGCAUUACGCGAGUGGCAAGCCUUCCUUGAUCUUAAGAAAACAAUCGAUGACUUCAGUGAAACUUGUCCUUUACUUGAACUUAUGUCAAACAAUGCAAUGAAAGAAAGACAUUGGGACAGAAUUGCUGCUAUAACCGGCCACAGUUUUGAUGUGGAAAACGAGUCUUUUGCUUUACGUGGAAUCAUGGAAGCACCUCUACUUAAAUACAAAGAAGACAUCGAAGAUAUUUGUAUUGCUGCUGUUAAAGAAAGAGAUAUUGAAGCUAAACUUAAACAGGUUGUUGCUGAAUGGGAUAAUCAUGAGUUUGUGUUUGCUUUGUUUAAAAGUAGAGGUGAAUUAUUAUUAAGAGGUGACCAUACAAGUGAGAUUGUUACGGCAAUCGAAGACAGUCUCAUGGUGCUUAGUUCUCUUAUGAGCAACAGAUACAACACCCCAUUUCGACCCCGCAUACAAAAGUGGGUCCAAAAUCUUACAAACACGACAGAAAUUAUUGAGAAUUGGAUGACGGUUCAAAACUUGUGGGUUUACUUGGAAGCUGUGUUCGUGGGUGGAGACAUUGCUAAACAACUUCCAAAGGAGGCAAAAAGGUUUUCUAACAUUGACAAGACGUGGGUUCGAAUAAUGACGCGAGCUCAUGAGACCGUGAAGGUCGUUCAAUGUUGCGUCGGAGAUGAAACAUUACAACAAUUACUUCCACAUCUAUUGGAACAACUUGAACUUUGCCAAAAGUCACUCACAGGUUACUUGGAGAAAAAGAGAUUGCUUUUUCCACGUUUCUUUUUCGUUUCUGAUCCUGCCCUGUUGGAAAUUCUUGGGCAAGCAUCCGACUCACAUACCAUACAAGCUCAUCUACUUAAUGUGUUCGACAAUAUUAAGACUGUUCGCUUCCAUGACAAGAUCUAUGAUCGAAUUCUGUCAAUAUCUUCAAGAGAAGGUGAAACAAUAGACUUAAUUCAACCUGUGUUAGCUGAGGGUAAUGUAGAAGUAUGGUUGCAACAUUUGCUUAACAAAUCACAAAUGUCGGUACAUAGUAUCAUACGUACAGCAUACAUGGCAAUACAAGAUCCCAGCUUUAUGCUUAUUGACUUUUUGAACACAUUUCCUGGACAGGUUGGUGUUCUUGGGUUGCAACUUUUAUGGACACGUGACGCAACAGAAGCUCUUGCGAACGCAAAGUUCGAUCGAAAGAUUAUGCAAACGACCAACCAAGUUUUCCUUGCUUUGCUAAACAAUCUCAUUGAAAUGACAACAAAAGAACUGAGUAAAGCAGAGCGAACAAAAUAUGAAACACUUAUCACUAUUCAUGUUCAUCAGAGAGAUAUAUUUGACGACUUGGUGAAACUUCAUAUUAAAAGUCCCGCUGACUUUGAGUGGCAGAAACAAUGUCGAUUCUAUUUUGACGAGGACCGAGAUAAAACUGUUACCUCAAUCACUGAUGUGAACUUUGAAUAUCAAAAUGAGUUUCUUGGUUGCACAGAAAGACUUGUCAUCACACCUCUAACUGAUAGAUGUUACAUAACGCUUGCUCAAGCGCUUGGUAUGAGCAUGGGUGGCUCACCUGCAGGACCAGCGGGCACGGGUAAAACAGAGACAACUAAAGACAUGGGAAAGGCGUUGGGAAAAUAUGUUGUUGUGUUCAACUGUUCUGAUCAAAUGGACUUCAGGGGUCUUGGAAGAAUAUUCAAAGGUUUAGCACAAUCUGGUUCAUGGGGAUGCUUUGAUGAAUUCAAUCGAAUUGAGCUCCCAGUAUUAUCAGUGGCUGCUCAACAAAUUGCUGUCGUGCUUCAGUGUAAGAAAGAAAGGAAAAAGCGAUUUAUAUUCACAGAUGGUGAUGAAGUGAAAAUGAAUCCAGAGUUUGGUAUUUUUCUCACAAUGAACCCUGGUUAUGCUGGAAGACAAGAAUUGCCCGAAAAUCUCAAAAUUCAUUUUCGAAAUGUUGCAAUGAUGGUUCCCGACAGACAGAUAAUUAUUCGAGUAAAGUUGGCAGCUGUUGGAUUCAUUGACAACAUAGUUCUUGCAAGGAAGUUUUAUAUACUUUACACAUUGUGUGAAGAACAACUUACUAAGCAGGUUCAUUAUGAUUUUGGAUUGCGCAAUAUUCUCUCGGUUCUUCGGACACUUGGUGCCGCCAAACGAGCAAAUCCGAACGACACAGAAAACAUGACAGUGAUGCGAGUUCUUCGCGAUAUGAAUCUUUCAAAGUUGAUCGACGAAGAUGAACCUUUGUUUUUAUCACUUAUCGGAGAUCUGUUUCCAGGUAUAAACUUGGAUAAAGGAGGUUAUGUAGAUUUGGAAGCAGCCAUCAAACAUCGGGUUAAUGAAGCUGGGUUGGUUCACCAUCAACCGUGGGUGCUUAAAGUUAUUCAGUUGUUUGAAACACAACGUGUUAGACAUGGUAUGAUGGCACUAGGUCCAAGUGGAGGAGGGAAAACUGCAUGCAUACAUGUGCUUAUGAAAGCUAUGACAGAUUGUGGAGAACCACACAGGGAAAUGCGAAUGAACCCGAAAGCCAUUACGGCACCUCAGAUGUUUGGUAGACUUGAUGUUGCUACAAAUGAUUGGACGGAUGGAAUAUUCAGCACGUUGUGGCGACGAACACUUCGUUCUAAGAAGGGUGAACAUGUGUGGCUUGUACUUGAUGGUCCAGUGGAUACAAUUUGGAUUGAAAACUUAAACAGUGUGUUGGAUGACAACAAGACAUUGACCCUUGCCAAUGGUGAUCGAAUACCUAUGGCACCAAACUGUAAAGUCAUAUUUGAACCACACAACAUUGAUAAUGCAUCUCCUGCAACUGUGUCAAGGAAUGGAAUGGUUUUCAUGAGUUCUUCAGUUUUAGAUUGGAGUCCAAUAUUACAAGCUUGGCUUAAAACAAGAACCAGCCAUGAGAGUAACGUUAUUCAGUUAUUGUUUGAACGUUGCUUCAGUAUUGUAUACAGAUAUGCGAUUCAAAAUCUUCAUUUCAAGAUGGAAAUACUGGAAGCAUUUGUGAUCAGACAGUGUAUUGUUCUCAUGGAUGGGAUGAUUCAAAAGAAAGAUUCAUCAAAAGAUCAUUUGAACAAAAUCUUUGUCUUCACAAUAAUGUGGAGCAUCGGUGCUUUGUUGGAGUUGGAUGAUAGAAGGAAAUUACAAGAUUUUCUUAUUGAAACUGAAGGUUUAGAAUUGGAUAUUCCACACGUGGAUGGAAGUGGUGAAUUCACAAUAUUUGAUUAUAUGGUGAAUAACGAUGGCGAAUGGGUACAUUGGUCAAGCAGAGUAUCAGAGUACAUCUACCCAAGUGAUUCAACACCUGAAUAUGGAUCUAUACUUGUUCCCAAUGUUGAUAAUGUUCGAGCUGAUUAUUUGAUAUCUAUUUGUGCCAAGCAAGGAAAAGGUGUCUUACUUAUUGGAGAACAGGGCACAGCAAAGACAGUGAUAGUAAAAGGGGUGAUGUCAAGUUAUAACUCAGAUAAUCAUUUAUCAAAAAACAUGAACUUUUCAAGUGCUACAACGCCCAUGAUGUUCCAGAGAACAAUUGAAAGUUAUGUUGAGAAGCGAAUGGGAAGCACUUAUGGACCUCCUGCUGGUAAGAAAAUGACGGUGUUUAUUGAUGAUGUUAACAUGCCCAUUAUCAAUGAAUGGGGAGACCAGAUUACAAACGAAAUUGUUCGUCAAUUAUUGGAAACUGGUGGAUUUUACAACUUAGAUAAACCUGGUGAUUUUACUAACAUUGUUGAUAUGCAGUUUAUUGCUGCAAUGAUCCAUCCUGGUGGGGGGAGAAACGAUAUUCCUCAACGGUUGAAACGACAGUUUGUAAUAUUUAACUGCACACUUCCAUCAAAUUCAUCUAUGGAUAAAAUAUUUGGCGUCAUCGGUCGUGGACAUUAUUGCACUGGAAGAGGAUUUUCGAACGAAGUUCGGGAAUUACUGCAGGAACUUGUUCCUCUAACAAGAAAACUUUGGCAAAUUACGAAAACCAAAAUGUUACCAACACCAGCAAAGUUUCAUUAUGUUUUUAAUCUGAGAGAUCUAAGUCGAAUAUGGCAGGGAAUGUUAAAUUCCAUCAGUGAAGUUGUUGAUAGCAAGUUUAAGUUGCUACAACUGUGGAAACAUGAAUGUACACGAGUUAUUGCUGAUAGAUUCACAAACCAAACUGACAGAGAUUGGUUUGAUAAAACUUUGAAGUCAGUUGGUGUAAGUGAAUUGGGAGAUGGUUGUUCAGCAAUGUUGGACGGUGAACCUUAUUUUGUUGACUUUCUGCGUGAACCUCCGGAACCAACAGGAGACGAACCGGAUGAUUUCGAUUUCUCGGCUCCAAAAGUUUACGAUCCAAUUCCUUCAUUUGAUUUCCUGCAAGAAAAAUUAACUGGGUACAUGGAACAAAUGAAUGAAACUAUCAGAGGUUCAAAAAUGGAUCUCGUGUUUUUCCGUGAUGCAAUGAUUCACCUGAUCAAAAUAUCUCGAAUAAUUGCAACUCCUCGUGGAAAUGCUUUGUUGGUUGGAGUUGGAGGUUCGGGAAAACAAAGUUUAACAAAGUUAGCUUCAUUUAUAUCCGGGUAUUCAACUUUUCAAAUCACAUUGUCACGAUCAUACAAUGCAAGCAACUUAUUGGAUGAUUUGAAGAUAUUGUAUAAGACUACUGGAGUCCAGGGCAAGGGGUUAACUUUCAUUUUCACGGAUAAUGAAAUAAAAGAAGAAUCCUUUCUUGAAUAUCUCAAUAAUAUUCUCUCUUCGGGGGAAGUACCCAACCUAUUUGCUCGGGAUGAAAUGGAUGAAAUUCUUCAACAAUUGAUCCCUGUGAUGAAAAAAGAGUUUCCACGACGACCACCGACCAACGAAGAACUUUACGAUUAUUUUAUGUCAAGAAUUCGCAAGAAUUUGCAUGUGGUCUUAUGUUUUUCACCAGUUGGUGAAAAGUUCAGAAAUCGUUCUUUAAAGUUCCCUGCCCUAAUAUCGGGUUGUACCAUGGAUUGGUUUCGUAGAUGGCCAAAGGACGCUCUGAUUGCCGUGUCAACUAAUUUCCUCAACUCCUACCAGAUCAAAUGUUCACCUGAAGUAAAGAAACAAGUACAAGAAGCCAUGGGUUCAUACCAUGAUGGGGUUGCAGUCAACUGCACUAACUAUUUCCAAAGAUUCCGAAGAUCUACUCAUGUUACACCCAAGUCAUAUCUUUCAUUCAUUCAGGGAUAUAAAAAGUUGUACAGUUUAAAGCAGCAGCAACUAAAUGAGCAGGCAGCUAGAAUGCAGCUUGGACUUGAAAAACUACAGGAAGCUGGUCAGUCGGUGGCAGUAUUGAGUGAGGAACUCGUCAUAAAAGAAAAAGAGUUGGAAGUGGCAAAUGAACGAGCCCAGAAAAUACUGGAGGAGGUUACCCACCAAGCUCAAGCAGCAGAACGAGUCAAACAAGAAGUUCAAAAAGUUAAAGAUAAAGCUCAAUCUAUUGUUGAUGUGAUUGCUGUAGAUAAAGCAGCUGCUGAAGUUAAGUUACAAGAUGCUAAACCUGCAUUAGAAAUGGCUGAAGCUGCAUUAAAGACAAUUCAACCUGCAGACAUUGCAACAGUUAGAAGACUUGCCCAUCCACCCCAUCUUAUCCAGCGAAUCAUGGAUUGUGUUCUUAUUUUAUUUCAACGUCGACUUGACACAGUGACUCCUGACCCCGAAAAAUCCACUUUCAUUCGUCCCUCAUGGAGCGAGUCUAUGAAAAUGAUGACCGAAUCAGGAUUUCUAAAUAAUCUGCAAAAUUUUAACAAAGAUUCAAUAAAUGAUGAGGUUGUUGAGUUGAUGAAGCCAUAUUUCGAUGCACCUGAUUACAACCUUGAUGUUGCACGGCGUGUGUGUGGCAAUGUUGCUGGUUUGUGUUCAUGGACAACCGCUAUGGCAAACUUCUAUGUAAUUAACAAGGAAGUUUUACCUUUGAAAGCAAAUCUGGCAGUUCAGGAGUCAUUGUAUAAUAAUGCAAUGAUGGCUUUAAAGAAGGCUGAAGCGGAAUUAGAUGAAAAAAAUCGUGAACUUGCAGUUGUACAAGCUCGUUAUGACGCAGCAAUGAAAGAAAAACAGGAUCUGGCAGCAAGCGCUGAGCAAUGCAGGAGGAAGAUGCAAACUGCUUCGUCACUUAUCAGUGUCUUGGGAGGAGAGAAGGAAAGAUGGACAGAUCAAAGUCGUGAGUUCACAGCACAAUCCAGAAGAUUAGUUGGUGACGUUCUCAUGGCAACAGCAUUCCUAUCAUAUGCUGGUCCAUUUAACCAGGAGUUUCGUAAUGUGUUACUACAAGAAUGGCAAAGAGACAUGAAAAUGAGGCGAAUACCUUACACUGAUGGAUUGAAUUUAAUCGAAAUGUUGUCAGAUUCAGCAACAAUCACAGAAUGGAAUCUUCAAGGUCUUCCUAAUGAUGAACUGUCCAUACAAAAUGGAAUAAUCGUCACAAAAUCUCCAAGAUUUCCACUUUUAGUUGAUCCACAAGGUCAAGGUAAACAAUGGAUCAACAACAAGGAAUCACAGAAUGAUCUACAGACAACAUUCUUGAACCAUAAAUACUUCCGGACACAUUUGGAAGAUUGUUUAUCUCUUGGACGACCUCUCCUUAUAGAGGAUGUUGGAGAAGAGCUUGAUCCUGCUCUUGAUAAUGUGCUCGAUAAAAACUUUAUUAAGUUAGGAACAACUUAUAAGGUGAAAGUUGGUGACAAAGAAGUUGAUAUUAUGGAUGGUUUUCAACUUUACAUAACAACCAAGCUACCAAAUCCAGCUUAUACUCCUGAAAUAAGUGCACGAACCUCAAUUAUAGAUUUCACGGUUACUGUUAAAGGUUUGGAAGACCAAUUACUUGGAAGAGCGAUUCUAACAGAAAAACAGGAACUUGAAAAAGAAAGAAAUGAAUUAUUAAGUGGUGUCACAUCAAACAAGAGAAAAAUGAAGGAACUUGAAGAUAAUUUGCUUUUCCGACUUACUUCAACUAAAGGAUCUUUGGUGGAAGAUGAAAGUUUGUUGGGAGUAUUACGAAUUACCAAACAAACUGCUGAAGAAGUGACAAAAAAAUUACAAACUGCAGCCGAAACUGAAGUUCAGAUAAAUAUUGCUCGUGAAGAAUACAGACCUGUUGCUACCAGAGGCAGUAUACUCUAUUUCUUGAUAGUUGAGAUGUCUAUGGUGAAUGUGAUGUAUCAAACAUCUUUGAAACAAUUUCUUGGUUUAUUUGAUCUUUCUCUAUCAAGUGCAAAGAAGAGUCCGAUUACAAGCAAACGAAUCCAAAACAUUAUAUCAGUAAUGACGCACGAGGUUUAUAUUUAUGCGGCUCGUGGAUUUUAUGAAACUCACAAAAUACUUUUUACACUUUUGAUGGCGCUUAAGAUUCAACUUGCAUCUGGAGAUAUCAACCACAAAGAACUACUGACUUUUAUUAAAGGUGGAGCAUCAUUGGAUUUGAAAGCUUGUCCAACAAAACCAUGCAAAUGGAUUCUUGAUAUGACUUGGUUGAAUCUUGUAGAAUUAUCAAAACUUCAACAUUUUAAUGAUAUCUUAAGACAGAUUCAAAACAAUGAGAAACAAUGGAAGCAAUGGUUUGAUAAAGAAGCACCAGAAGAUGCAGUGAUCCCUGAUGGAUAUGAAGUUUCAUUAAAAGUUUUUCAUCGACUUUUACUCAUAAGAUGUUGGUGUCCUGAUCGUACAAUGUUACAGAGUCGACGUUACAUCAUCGAAACACUUGGUGAGGAGUUUGCUGAAGGAUUUAUUCUUGAUCUUGAAAAGAUGUGGGCUGAAAGUAACCCACGUACUCCACUAAUAUGUUUCCUGUCUAUGGGAUCGGAUCCAACCGUCCAAAUUGAAGGUUUGGCAAAAAAAAUGAAGUUGGAAUGUCGUGACGUGAGCAUGGGGCAAGGUCAGGAAGUUCAUGCGAGAAGAUUGAUACAACAUUCCAUGAUUAAUGGUGGGUGGGCUCUUCUACAAAACUGUCAUCUUGCUCUUGACUUCCUGGAUGAAUUGCUCACAACCAUCCUCACAGCUGUUGAUGUCCAUCCAUCAUUUCGAUUAUGGAUCACCACUGAAGUACAUGCAAAAUUUCCAAUCACUUUGCUUCAGACUUCAAUUAAAUUCACAAACGAACCACCACAGGGGUUGAAGGCAGGAUUGAAACGUUCAUACACAGGAAUAACACAAGACCAGUUGGAAAUAUCGAACAUGCCACAAUGGAGGCCCAUGUUAUACGGUGUUGCUUUCCUACACACUACAGUACAAGAACGUCGUAAGUUUGGCGCCAUUGGUUGGAAUAUUCCUUAUGAGUUCAACCAAGCUGAUUUCAAUGCCACCGUUCAAUUUGUUCAAAACCAUCUUGAUGAUGUUGAUAUUAAGAAGGGUGUAUCGUGGAACACAGUGCGUUAUAUGAUAGGGGAAAUACAAUAUGGUGGUCGAGUUACUGAUGAUUAUGAUAAAACUUUAUUGAACACAUUCGCUCGCGUGUGGUUCAGUGAAGCAAUGUUUCAAGUGAACUUCAGAUUCUACAAAGGUUACAGCAUACCUCAUUGUAAAACUAUUACGCAAUACUUGGAACAUAUUCAGGCACUUCCCAUAACUGACACACCGGAAGUAUUUGGUUUGCAUCCAAAUGCUGAUAUAACAUACCAGACAAACUCUGCAAAAGAAGUUCUUGAUACAAUACUUAAUAUUCAACCCAAGGAUAGCAGUUCAGGUACAGGAGAGACAAGGGAAGAUAUAGCGUAUAAUAUGGCUGAAGAUAUGUUGGAAAAGUUACCAAAGAACUACGUUCCAUAUGAGGUAAAGGAAAGACUGAAAAUAUUAGGAGCUUUGCAGCCGAUGAAUAUUUUCUUACGACAAGAAAUUGAUAGAAUGCAAAGGGUUAUAAAUAUAGUUCGAUCAACAUUAUUGGAUUUGAAAUUAGCAAUAGAAGGAACAAUUAUAAUGAGUGAGAACUUAAGAGAUGCGCUUGACUGCAUGUAUGAUGCACGAAUACCUGCAUUGUGGUUGAAAGUAUCCUGGCCAUCCAGCACUUUAGGAUUCUGGUUUACUGAGUUAUUGGAUCGCAACACACAGUUUCACAAAUGGUGUUUUGAAGGCCAACCGAAGUCAUUUUGGAUGACUGGCUUCUUUAACCCACAAGGAUUUUUAACAGCAAUGAAACAGGAAGUAACACGAGCACAUAAAGGAUGGGCAUUAGAUAGUGUUAUUCUUCACAACGAAGUCACCAAAUUUUCUACAAGCGAUGAUGUGAUAUAUGCACCAGAAGAAGGGGUUUAUGUUUAUGGUUUAUACUUAGAAGGUGCAGGUUGGGAUAAGAGAGGACAGAAACUUGUAGAAUCAAAAUCAAAAGUUUUGUUUGAGCUGAUGCCCAUUAUCCACAUUGAUGCUGUACAAGCAGGUGGAAAACAAGAGAGCAAAAUGUAUGGUUGUCCAAUUUACAAAAAACCAUCAAGAACAGAUCGCAACUUCAUUGCUCAAGUCAACUUAAAAACUGUGGUUAACCCAGAUAACUGGGUGUUACGUGGGGUAGCUUUGCUUUGUGAUGUUAAGUAAUUAACAAAUGCAGCUUUAUGUAUGAUAGAGUGGGGAAGAUGGAACAAUUUUAGCACAUAAUAUCCAAGUAUUCUGAUCAUGUAUUAAACAAUUAACAAUGGCCUUUCUCUCUUUUGUAAAGUGUUUAUCAAGUAGUACCUAAUUUGCACUAGUUAAAAUUGUAAACCUAUAAACAGAUGUAUAUUUUAUUCUUGUAGAUAAUAAAUAUAGCAAAAACA